AUGCUGCACGCCAGGAGACCGCUGCAGCGAGUCGCACACGCGCGCCUCUCGCGCUCGCUCGCCACGCACACCUCGUCGUACCCGCCGCCGCCUCCUCGCGACUUCAAGUCCAUCACGCCGCCGUACCCUCACCUCCUCCGCCAGCUCGAGCAGGUCCGCAAGGUCCUCAACCGGCCACUCUCGCUCGCCGAGAAGAUUGUCUACUCCCAUCUCGUCAAUGUCGAGGAGGGACUCGCGGGCGGAGACCCCAUCCGCGGCGAGAAGCACUUGAAGCUCCGCCCAGACCGUGUCGCCUUGCAAGAUGCCUCCGCCCAGAUGGCCAUCCUCCAAUUCUCGACUUGCGGCCGUGAAGCCACCGCCGUCCCCGUUUCGAUCCACUGCGACCACCUGAUCUCGGCGUACGAGGGCGCAGAGGCAGACUUGAAGAGGUCCGUCAUGUCGAACAAGGAGGUGUUUGACUUCCUUGAGUCGGCGGCGAAGAAGUACGGCAUCGAGUUCUGGGGCCCGGGCAGUGGUAUCAUCCACCAGAUUGUCCUCGAGAACUACUCGGCUCCCGGUCUCCUUAUGCUCGGCUGCGACUCGCACACGCCCAACGCUGGCGGUCUCGGCGCGAUUGCGAUUGGUGUCGGAGGAGCUGACGCCGUCGACGCGAUGACUGCGACGCCCUGGGAGCUCAAGGCGCCGAAGCUGAUCGGUGUCGAGCUCAAGGGCGAGCUGUCGGGCUGGUGCUCGGCCAAGGACGUCAUCCUCGAGGUCGUCGGCCGUCUCUCGGUUCGAGGAGGAACGGGCUCGAUCAUCGAGUACUACGGCGAAGGUGUUGAGCGCAUGGGCGCGACCGGACUCGCCACCAUCGCCAACAUGGGUGCCGAGAUGGGCGCUACGACUUCGACUUUCCCUUACUCUGACAACAUGCGCCGCUACCUGCACGCGACGAACCGCGGACCGGUCGCGGACGAGGCGGACAAGGCGCAGGCCGCAGGGUUCCUCUCGCCCGACAAGGGCUGCGAGUACGAUCAACACGUCUCGAUCGACCUCUCGACGCUCGAGCCGAAGCUCAACGGACCUUUCACGCCUGACUUGAGUACUUCGCUGAGCAAGUUUGGCGGACUGGUCAAGGAGAAGGGGUGGAAGGACGAGUUGAGCGCGGCGUUGAUCGGCUCGUGCACCAACUCGUCGUAUGAGGAUAUGGCGCGCGCGGCGAGUAUCGCGAGGCAGGCAAAGGCCAAGGGUCUCUCGGUCAAGAGCAGCUUCAUGGUCACGCCCGGCUCUGAGCUCAUCAACGCGACCAUCGAGCGCGACGGCCUCAAGGCGGACCUCGAGGCUGUCGGCGGUCAGGUUCUUGCGAAUGCUUGCGGACCCUGCAUCGGUCAGUGGGAGCGCGAGGAGAAGAAGGGCGAGGAGAACGCCAUCCUCACCUCGUUCAACCGCAACUUCAAGGCUCGCAACGACGGCAACCGCUUGACGAUGAACUUCCUUGCCUCCCCCGACAUCGUGACCGCGAUGGCCUUCUCCGGCAAGCUCUCGUUCGACCCGCGACACGACGAGCUACUCGACUCGGAGGGCAAGCCUUUCAAGUUUGACCCGCCGACUGGUGACAAGCUACCCCAGUCUGGCUUCACCGCCGGCAACACGACCUACCUCCCUCGCCCUACUCCUGAACCCGUCCCCUCCACUCCUCUCGCCAUCUCUCCCACCUCGACCCGCCUCGAGCUCCUCGCACCCUUCGAGCCUCACUUCCCUCCCGAGGCUUUCGCCGACUCGUCUAAGAAGCUCGAGUUUGACGACUUGAGGUGCUUGUUGAGGAUCAGGGGCAAGUGCACGACCGACGAGAUCUCGGCGGCGGGCAAGUGGUUGAAGUACAAGGGUCACCUUUCGAACCUCGCCGAGAACACCUUCAUCGGCGCGACGAACGACCAGACCGGCCGCGUCAACUCGGCGAUAGACUUUGAGAGCGGCGAGGAGGGCACGAUCCCGGAGGUUGCGAAGAAGUACAAGGCGCGAGGACAGCCUUGGAUGAUCGUCACCGAUCACAACUACGGCGAAGGCUCGGCUCGCGAGCACGCGUCCUUGCAGCCCCGCUUCCUCAACUGCAAGGUCAUCCUCGCCCGCUCGUUCGCCCGCAUUCACCGUACGAACUUGACGAAGCAGGGUGUCCUCCCCCUCACCUUCGCCAACGAUGCCGACUACUCGCUCAUCGAUGCCGGCGACGUCGUUUCGACUCGCGGCCUCGACGAUCUCCUUCGAGGCAACCUCAAUGCCGACGUCGACGUCGUCGUCAAGAAGGCUGACGGGUCGGAGAAGGUGAUCAAGACGGUUCACGGGUUGUCGAAGGACCAGGUCGAGUGGAUCCGCGAGGGCUCGGCGCUGAACCUCAUCAAGCGCAAGGCUGCGGAGGAGAAGGCUGGGCAGGCUUGA